CCCAGGCUGGUGAGAGGUCCGCGACCCGCGAUAGAUACGCAGCGUCGUAUCGAUCCCGUAAUGCUGCAGCUCGCAUCUUACCCGGCUGCUAUCGAAUCGACCGGUAGCCCUAUCUCCCAAUGAUAAAUAGUCCCCAGGGUCCUCUUUGUUCCUCGACGCCCUCUACUAUUCGCUGUCGCGAGGCGCUCGGGUUUUUCUUUCCUCUACAUAUCGGGACAUCGUAUUCUCGACUCGUUCCAAGUAACUCGCAGGGAGGGAAAGGAGACAGAAAAAGAGGGGAAGGGAAAAGAAAAACACGACGCUUCUUAACAUGACGAGCCCGCCGAGCGACAAAGGCGAAGUAGACCUGGUGGCCUCCAACGAGGAGGGAGGGUCCAUCGGUAAAGAUGUCGAGGCCACCGCCGCGCAUAGCGGUCCCUCUGGUGGUGCCGCGGACCUGGAUUCGGCUGAGAGGCGGGGGCUGAGAGCGCCCGAGAUCAUCGCCAGGUUGACGACGGAGGAGCGCCAGGAGCUCGAGAGGCGGCUGAGGAAAAAGAUCGAUCUACGCCUGCUCCCUAUGCUCGUUCUCAUGUAUAUCUUGAAUUACAUCGACCGAAACAACAUCGCUGCCGCGAAACUAGCUGGCCUGCCGGAAGACCUGAAUCUUGACCCUAACGCGAGUGAAUUCCAGACGGCCGUCAGUAUCCUAUUCGUCGGUUAUCUCCUCAUGCAGGUGCCCUCGAACCUGUUCUUGAACAAGAUUGGCAAGCCAGCCAUCUAUCUCCCGACAUGCAUGUUGGUCUGGGGUGUGAUUUCGGCGGCGACGGCGGCGGUUACCAACUUCGGCGGCCUCAUCGCCGUUCGGUUCUUCCUCGGUUUCGUCGAGGCCGCUUAUUUCGUCAGUCCCACGAAGGAUACACGGAAGGAGCUCGGCCUGCGCACGGCAAUUCUCUACUCGGGUGCGCUCAUCUCAGGCGCGUUCUCGGGCCUGCUGUCGGCCGGCAUCACGCAGAACAUGAGCGGCGCGAGAGGGCUGGGCGCUUGGCAGUGGCUUUUCAUCAUCGAGGGGGUCAUCACAGUCGGGAUCUCGUUCUUGGCCUACUGGGUCCUUCCCAACUUUCCCCGGACGACAUCGUGGCUUAGCGAAGAAGAGAGGGCGUUGGCCAUCUGGCGACUGGAGGAAGAUAUUGGCUCGGACGACCGGGCCGAUGGCGAGCACCAGUCGCUCUGGCACGGUGCCAGGCUAGCCUUCGCCGACAUCAAGACUUGGGUCCUGCUAUUCCUACUCUUUGGCAUCGUCGCCAGCGGAUCCGUUACCAACUUCUUCCCGGCAGUAGUCAAGACCCUGGGGUACAGUAACGUAAUCACGCUACUCCUCACCUGCCCUCCCUAUGUUCUGUGUGUCAUCACGACCUUCGCCAAUGCGUGGCACGCGGACCGGACUGGCGAGCGUUAUUGGCACAUCACGCUGUCGUUAUUCGUCGCUCUGGCAGCGUUCAUAAUCGCAGCUGCGUCCACGGGCCUCGCCCCCCGGUACCUAGCCAUGAUGCUCAUGGUUCCCGGUGUUUACAGUGCGUUCGUCGUAGCGCUCGCGUGGAUCAGCAACACGUUGCCGCGACCGCCGGCCAAGCGCGCGGCGGCGCUCGCCUUCAUCAACGCAGUCUCGAACGCGUCGAGCAUCUACGCGUCGUACAUGUACGAGGACCGGAUGGCGCCGCGCUACAUCGUGGCAAUGUCGGUCAACUGCGGCACCGUGUGCCUCUCGAUCGUCUCGGCGACGGUGCUGCGGUUCAUGCUCGUGCGCCUCAACCGAAAGCUCGAGCGGGGCAUCUUCGUCGAGGGCGCCAUCAACGCGCUGCCCGGCGAGGCCGCGCAGCACGGGUUCCGGUUCAAGUACUAGCUCUCUUGUUUCUUGUCUCGGGAUCUGAGCUUUGGGAUGGGAAUGGGCGGUAGGAGACAACGGAUCGACUUCGGACACGGGUGGUUCCCCUGAGUCGGUGGGUGCGCGGAGGGCAUUGCCGACAGGUAGAUACCUAGGUACUAGACCCCGACCGAGAGACACUGGGCUUGAGGACAGGAAAAAGGAGAUACAAUUGUCCUCUGCCGACACUUCACUGAGACUACGUAGAAGGAUGGCCUACGUGCCUUGCCUACUCACCUAAGAUACCUACCUACCUACGUGCCCAGUGUUGCAACUAUUUCGCAUGAUGAUACCGUCAGCCAACUCGGUCAUCGCUUUCCCCUUUGCUCGAAGGGCUAUUGAUCCCCCGUGGUUUCCGUGUUCAUUCCAUCGCUAGCCACGCUUCCUUCCGGCACGUCUUGAAGCAGGACGAACCCGCCUGCCGCGACUCCAGUAACGUGGCUUCACCCUCUCACCUCCUCCUCGCCCCU